UGUUAGUAAGUAUCUCGCGGUGCCAAGACGGUCCAAGUUACUUCUCAAGAUGGUCAAUUUUGAGUUCGCUAAAAAACCAACUCGAAACAGGUUGCUUCUGCUAUUCGUCCACGGAUAAAACGUUAUUCUCGUUAAUCUGUCUCCUUGGUUGACAACCACGUUGUUCUUGCAACCCUAGACGCAACCCUAGACUACUUCAUUGUAAGUACGCCAUGGCAGAUGUCGAAUACCUGCAAAGCAUUGUCCAAAGACAUGCCGAUUUUCCCAAGAAGGGAAUCGACUUCCUUGACAUUUUCCCCAUCCUCCGCGACCCUCUUGCGUUCGAAACACUCAUAACCCAUUUUGUCCAUCACAUCACGUCGCAAACUAUACCGAAAUCACUGCGCAAGAAGGUCGAUGUCGUAGUCGGCCUAGACGCCCGAGGCUUCCUCAUCGGACCUAUCAUCGCAUUGCGACUCGGAGCAGCUUUCGUACCCGUGCGCAAAAAGGGGAAGCUACCGGGCGAGUGUGUCUCCGCGACCUACGAGAAAGAGUAUGGUGCCGAUACCUUCGAAAUGCAAUCAGACGCGAUCCAACCUGGGCAGUCUGUGAUCGUUGUAGAUGAUUUGAUCGCCACCGGGGGCUCUGCCAAGGCCGCUGGCGAGCUCGUCAAGAGGAGAGGCGGAGUGACAAUCGAGUAUCUCUUCAUCAUCGAGAUAAUGUUCCUGAAGGGCUACCAGAGUCUGGAUGCCCCCGCCUACUCCAUUAUUCAAAAUUUGGAUUGAGUUCCAGGGCGCCUCAUUUAUUAAUAUUCUUAUGUCGGAAAUAGAUACCCGCUCCUACAUAUGAUUAGUGUUGUGAAUUACACAGAUCGAUUAGACCCAGGCUGACUUAUGCUUGA